AUGCAUUACGCUUUGGCUAUUAGCGCUCUUCUCUCCACAGCUUCGGCACUGGGCAUUAACUGCCGAGGAUCUGGCUUUUGCAACAUCAACAACGCUAGCUUGAACGAUGUCUUAACUCAAGCAAAGCAGCUAGUAGCUCGCGGACAGGGUGAUCACUUCUGGCCCGAGCAUGUUCAAAUUGCUUGUGCCUCAGGCCAAUACGGCUCGAUCUGUGCUUUCUUCCAGAAUGGUGCAAGUGGCACUACAACCCGGGCUAUCGACUUGAUCCAGGGCAUCAUUGACCAUGGAUGCACUCAGUGUGGCAGCAUUCCUACGAAUCCUGGCAACAACGUUGAUAGUGGGGAGCUGACAGUAAACUAUGUUCAGAAUCCUUGCUGUAACGGUAACUGCUACUGCCCUGUUUAA